AGACACGUUUUCCAUUUAGACCAACUUGAUAAUGUUGGAGAAGUGGAUGGAGGCGAAACAACUUGUUCAAGUAGCGUCGCAUCGACCGCAGACAAACAGUCUUUAGUUUUAGUGAAACUGUGUUACCAUGUCAGAAUGUUUAGCUCCUUUAGACGGUGAAGAGGCAGCGUUUCCAUAAUGGCGGUUACUGCGGCACAGACGUUUCAGUGAUGGCUAAACUGAAAACUUAGGUAGCAAACUUUGAACCUGGAGCUGGAUUCUCACUUGCUCUUCUGUCACUAUAGAAACUAACACCACCAUGGCGUGCACUACUUCAGUUUCGAUAUGGGCAUUAGCAUUAAGUUCAUACUUCGUCGUGUCCAAUUGUUACUUUUCUAUCCCGUUGAGAAUAUACACAGGGAAGUUCAAUUUGUCCUCGGAUGUGGAUUUGACACCUCUUCGGCGAGUCGUCUUAACGUCUGAUGGAAACGGCCUGUCUUUGGCCUCUGAUCCAACCGGUACAGUGAACUUUCUGGACAUGGUGAAUAACCUGCAAGGGGACUCUGGGAGAGGCUACUACAUAGAAAUGUCAAUUGGUACUCCUGGUCAAAAGCUGAACAUCCUGGUGGAUACUGGCAGCAGUAACUUUGCUGUGGCUGCAGCUUCACACCCAUUCAUUACUCACCACUUCAACACUGCACUCUCCAGUACCUACCAGUCAGUUGGCCGGACUGUGGCUGUCCGGUACACUCAAGGCAACUGGGAAGGUGAACUGGGCAUUGACCGGGUGUCCAUCCCCAACGGCCCAAAUGGGACCAUCGUCAUCAACAUAGCUGCCAUCCUGUCAUCUGACGGCUUCUUCCUUCCUGGGGUUAACUGGCAGGGAAUCCUGGGACUAGCCUAUCCCAUGCUGGCACGGCCUGACUCGUCCGUAGAGCCUUUCUUCAACUCCUUGGUGCAACAGCUGGGAGUUCCUGACAUCUUUUCCCUCCAGAUGUGUGGUGCUGGACUGUCGGCCAGCAGCACAGCGGACCCGGCGGGAGGCAGUCUUAUCAUGGGAGGAGUUGAACCAACUCUGUAUCAGGGGUCAGUGUGGUACACCCCUAUAGUAGAGGAGUGGUACUACCAAGUCGAGGUUUUGAAGCUGGAGGUUGGCGACCAGAAUCUGGACCUGGACUGCAGAGAGUAUAACAUGGAUAAAGCUAUAGUUGACAGUGGAACGACACUGCUGCGUCUUCCUGUCAACGUCUUCAAUGCAGUGGUAGAAGCCAUCACACGCAGCUCUCUGAUCCAGGAAUUUUCAUCAGGCUUCUGGGAUGGCACCAAACUUGCAUGCUGGAUGAAAGGAGAGAACCCCUGGAGGUUUUUCCCCAAGCUGUCCAUCUACCUAAGGGCCACGAACACCAGCCAGUCCUUCCGCAUCACCAUCCUGCCUCAGCUGUACAUCCAGCCGAUCACAGAUGUCGACGGCACGUUAGACUGCUUCCGUUUCGGAGUGUCUUCGUCAGCUAAUGGCCUGGUGAUCGGCGCCACCGUCAUGGAAGGCUUCUAUGUGGUGUUCGACCGUGCACAGCGAAGACUGGGCUUUGCACUCAGCAGCUGUGCAGUGAGCGGUGGGGUGACUCUGUCAGAGAUCGCGGGGCCCUUCUCUGCAGCAGACGUGGCAGCCAACUGCUCUGGCGGGAUGCUGAAGGAGCCUAUCCUGUGGGUGAUCUCCUACACCCUGAUGGCAGUCUGCGCCCUGGUCCUCAUCAUCCUGUUGCUCCUGCUGGUCCUGCCCUGCCGACGCAGAGACCGCUCAGGAGAGAUAACAGACGAGUCCUCGCUGGUCCGGCACCGUAUCAAGUGACUGAGAGGAAAUGGACGGGCGGACAUUGUGAACAGGCCCAUCAGCCCAUCCACAGCGGCGGAGAAAGGGGUGAGGCUCGGUCUGCACCGGACAGUGACACUCGGCUCUGAAUGUCUGACUGACUCUAGACUGAACGCAGCAGGUUGCCGCACAAAGAUAGACACAGACAGAUCAACUUCCUCUGAAAAUCCACCCUAAAAGCACUUCUUAAAAACAGCUGUUGCUGAUGUGUUUGUGGUUCCAAUGUCUUGUUCGGUGGUGAAUCUUCUGACUGAUAAUUGGUCAUAUGUAGACACUGUGACACCGAGAAAGAUAUUUCAACUGGAAUGAUUUUUAUGCUGUCAAGGCAUAUGCUUUUGCUUCUUGUUCUGUGGGCUGUCAAAAGGUAUUCUGGGAAAUGUAGAACAUCACUCACAAAAACGGGAGGGUGAACCAAACACUUUGUCACAAAAUAAUUGCCGACAUACACCAAACAUCACGCCAGCAAUGAUGUAUAACAUUAUGGAAAUAUCCAACGGUGGAAUUUCUUCCUUACAGUCACGGAGAGGCAGGAAAGGACAUAAACAGCACAUGCUCAGCAACCGUUAGUGCAUUCCCGAACAAUGAACAAAUUUUUUUUUAAUUAAUUUCCAUGCAAACUCUGUAUUCAUUUCUCAGGGCAUACUACAGCCCCUUAAAUGUGCCUUUGCUGUUGACGAUCUGCUUCCAAGAGAUGUUUUUUAAAGACCUACUUUAACUGCAUUUGGUGAAGGAAUGUUUCUAGUGCUUUCUUGUAUUUUCUAAGUUGACCUCCAGUCUUCUGUGGAGGGAAAUAUAUACGUGUUUGUGUUGAAUUGAAGGGGGAAAAGCUGCUCAAACAAUCACUGUUAAAUAGGAAGACUAGAACUUGAGGUUACUACAUGUUUACAGUGCCUGUAGUGCCUUUAAGCCUCAGCUCACUACUAAUACAAAUUGAAAUACAGUAUCAGCAGCUUGAGACUUACUCUGCUGAAUUGCACUUUGUUUCACUCAAUCAAAUGUGUAACAUAAUUCUAAGAUCAAUAUCAAUCUGAUGUGCAAUUUGUUGUAUUAAUGUAAUUAUACAAAUUCUUCAUGAGUCCAAAGUUCUGUUUAAAUCUCUUUGAAUGUGAUUGCAGUAUUAUUGUAAAUCUUUGCUUUUAGACCCUACGUGUUGAAUGGUACGUAUUCAUACUGCACACUUUAUACAAACGCCACAUGAGAAGCCAAAGGAUGUUUGAAAAUGACAUGACACAUUAUGGAAACAUGUUUUUCCUUGGUUUAAGUGGACCAGUUGUCGUUCUAGCAAGGCUGGCUGACCUGAUAGCAAUACAAACAAUGGUCUCUUUACACCAGUGACAGCUUCCCAUGUAAAAAUUUGUGAUAUGAGUUCAGCUGCACCAAUAUGUCAGCAUAUACGGACAUUUUAAAUCGUCAAAUUGAAGGUAUGCUUCAAUCUUUGAAUGUUCACUUAUUUAUAGGUGUAUUUUUCUGUGCCAAAACUGUACUUGUGCUGUAAACAAAAGAAGUUGUGACCAAAUCAGAGAUGUAAAUUGUUUUAAAUUAAUAAAUAUUUCUUUUUGUGAAAGCUUU